AUGAUUCGCCAAUCAUUUCGUCUUCUUGCAAAGGCUGCUGAGGUCAAGCCAGUCUCUGCUGCUGCCGCUAUGCCAUUGGACCCAGUGUCCAAGUUCUUGAGCGAGGAGAACUUGCGCGCUGUCGAGGUGCCAGAUUUCGACUUUGCCAAGAUGGUGAAGCUCGAGGACAACGUCGAGUUUGACGCUCAGUUCACCAAGUUCAUGAACAACCCACUGUUCACCGCCGACACCGAGUUGAUGAAGUCGUACAGAGAGUACGAGUCCUCGUUGAAGCACCUCCACAGCUUCAACCCACUGCCAAACAUCCCCAUCCCAGCCUCUGGCGUCGCCCCAACCAUCAACUGGGAGUUCAAGAAGAACUUCCUCCCAGCCAAGACCGUCGACUUUAUCCGCAACGUCUUCCAAAAGUCCAUCGACUCGAUCGACUCAUGGGAGAACGAGGAGAAGACCAUCUUUGCCAACGCUGAGCGUCAGAUUGAGGAUUCUCUUAAGCCAAUGAAUGCUUUGCUUCCAGAGAUUGAGUCUACUUUGGCCACCAUUCAGGGUCAGUUGGACGCAGCUGAGGACUUCAGAAACAGACUGGAGACAGUCACCAUCGAGGAGAUCCUCCAGAAGAACCCAGAGCUCGAGGAUGAGAUUUACAACGAGAUUGCAGAGGGCGAGUGGAUGAUCAAGGACAAGGUCGGCGAUAACACCAUCUACAACCUCAAGGGUGCCCACCACUAA